GUCAACACAUUUUAUAACUUCAGAUCCAGCAUAUUCUGAGUAUUUUUUUUUUAACAAGACUACUAAUACACUAAUGAGCCGUACAAUGUCAAUGUACUAUUUUUUAAUCGACAGUCAACAGUCUCUAUGACCUGGUGGGACGUCCGGUCCGUCGACCCCCGCGGAGCAGAACUGAGCGCUUCAGAGCGACGGCGGAGUCUGUUGGCGACGCCACGGAACACACUCCAAAUUGAUUUUCGAGGCGCUCUUAGCGUUCUUGCAAACAAAAAAUAAAGUCUCAAAAGUAAGGUAUUCUUAUUUAAAAAGGCUGGUACUGUUUACUCCUCGCGGGGGAUUACUCGGGACUUGAACAACACGAUUUUCCUCUCAACACGGACCACCAGGUUCUGGUGACCUCAGUGAUGUUCGGCCAGCGCUACGACAGCCCCCCGGUCUACAGCCCCCCCUACACCCCGCCCUCCAGGAAUGGCUACGGGCCGGCCGGAAGCUUCCAGGCCCCCCGCAGCGAGUAUGACCCCUACCCGGCCCCUCCAGGGUCCUACUACGUCGAGGACACGCCCCAGCACUUCUACAGGUGGCUGUCGCCGCCCGGCAUCGUGAAGGUCAUGAUGGGCGUGGUGGUGGUGCUGUGCGUAGGGAUCUUUGCGUGCGUGGCGUCCACCCUGAUGUGGGACAUGCAGUACGGCGGCGGCCUGGGAUCCUACGGGGGGGGGUCGGGCUAUGGCGGGGGCUAUGGCGGGGGCUACGGAGGGGGCUACGGAGGCGGCUACGGGGGGGGCUACGGCGGCGGGAGCUACGGCAGUGGUGGAUACGGCGGCUACGGCGGCUACAACUCCUACCCCACGCCCUCCGCCGCCAAAGGCGCCAUGAUCGCCAUGGCGGCCAUCGACUUUGUCGUCAUCCUGGGCUUCUUCAUCGCCACCUUCUCCAAGAGCCCCACCUUCCGGAGCCGCCGCUUCUACCUGGCCAUCCUGGUCUGCAGCGUCGUCCUGGCUGUACUGCAGGGCAUCAUCAACAUCGUGUACAUCGUGGGGGUGAACCCCAUGGCCCAGAGCUCCUCCUCCAUGAUGUACAACCCCAUGCUGAUGAUGUGUCAGAACCUGUACCAGACCAGCUACUCUCAGAUGGGAGGAGUGGGCGGCUUUCCCAUUUACAACCAGUACCUGUACCACUACUGCUUUGUAGACCCACAAGAGGGCAUUGCUAUGGCGUUUGGGUUCCUGGUGGUCAUCGCCUUGGCUGUAGCUGCCUUCUACGCAUACAGAACACGGGGAAAGAUCUGGCGCUACGGCAAACCCAACAUCUACUGGGAGCCCCCCCCCACAGGGCCUGUGGCCCCCGAGGGCCAGGACGUUGAGGAAUGGGUGAACAACGUGGAAAAGAGCCAGGACGCCCCCACCCUUGUGCUCUCUGAGAAGUCUGGGGGGCAGCUCAACAACUCUGCCAACAGUGUUACAUCCUACAGCCUGGACAGAGUCCUCAGACCCUCUGUGCCGACGGACGACUACGUCAACGAGUACUCGGAGCGCCCCAGCCACCCGUCGGAGGCGUUGUCCCAGGGGGGCGGGGGCCGGACCAGCUCCAGCCCCUCUGAGGAGACCGGGGGGGGGGUCCGCAGGCCGUCCGCCCACCGGGGGAAGAGGCGUCGGCAGAACCCCGAGCUGGACGAGUCCCAGUACGAGACGGAGUACACCACAGGGGGGGAGACGGCCAACGAGCUGGACCCGGAGGAGUGGGACAGCGUCUACCCGGUCAUAACAUCAGUCUCCCAACGCCACGAAUACAAGCGGGAGUUUGACUCUGACCUCAGGGAGUACAAGCACCUGUGUGCCGAGAUGGACGACAUCCACGACCAGCUGAACAAGCUCAACAGACAGCUGGACACUCUGGACGAGAGCUCGGCCAAGUACCCGUCUGUGGCAGAUGAAUACAACCAACUAAAGGAUCUGAAAAGGACUCCAGACUACCGGGCUAAGAAACACGACUGCCGCAGGCUGAGGCAUAAACUGUUCCACAUCAAACGCAUGGUGAAGGACUACGAUAAGACCCACUAAUGAAGCACGCACACAGCUCCAACACAACACCCAAGAGCAUGUCCUUCAAUAUGGAAAACAAAGACUUUCUAGAAGGCUAAGACCAAAAAUGGUGUGCACUCAAGCACACACACACACACACGCACGCACGCACACACACGCGCUCACACACACACACACACACACACACACACACACACACACACACACACACACACACACACACACACACACACACACAAACACAAACAUUACAAACACAGUAAAACAUAAUGCCACUUAAACACAUGCCGUUCGUAGUUCACCUGUGUUAGCUUGUUGCAGCUUCCUUAUGCUAUCAGAGUGAAUGUUGUCUCGUCUAACUCUAUGACCAGGGGCAAGGGAGAACAUUUGCAGCCAGUUAAUAGCACCACUACCGUUAUUCAAAAAGGGCCAUUUUGAAGCCUCUUAUUCUGUGUGAGCCUCUGUGUGUCGGAGGUGAACCCUGGUGAAGUGCCGGUUCACGGCGGGGCAGCCUAGAAGGAGAGCCUAUCUUUAUCUGAGGAAGGUAUUUAGAGCUGAUAAGAACUGAUGCAGUAUUGCAGGGAAAUGUAAGAGGGGUGAGGAGUGCUGUGAGGCUGAUCCACAUCCAAACACACGAGGUCAGUACUCAUGGACAGCAUGAAGAGGCCAGCUCGCUGCUCGCUGCUCGUGAGCCGGUUCUGGGCGCUGUGGUGAAGCAUCUAAACUAGGUUGAAAGACGUUGGUGUUCACCUUAACUUUGUCUCUUACUGAUGAUCAAAGUUGAAUUUAAACCCUAAGGAGAUGAACUCUAGCCAGUCCAGCAAUAGUGUAACAUUGUUUAAGAGAUUGUGUGUCAGCGCUACAAAAAAGAAUAAGAGUUGAUUUUGUGAGUGUGAACAGAAAGAUAAGGCGCCUGUUAUGUUAGGUUGCUGUCUUAAAAAUACUGCCAGGGAUGUUAUCUGUUUAUACCGUGCUAAUGGCAAGUAGUAUUCAUAGGGCAUUGGUUUGAUUCUGUAAGGGCUUUAGAAUUAUUUGUUUUACAACUCACGUGUUUUAUUAUUCAACUUUAUUUGGUAAUCACUACCUUGGAAGUCAUUCAUUGUUAAUUCAUGCAGUGGGGCUUAUAGAAAUCCUCUCAAAGGCUGUAAAAUGGUCAAUUUGGGAAUAGUUCCUUAGUUUGUAGUUUUUGCAAAAAUGAUCUUCUAAUACAAAACACUAUGAUUUUUAUGAUUUUUUAUUUAUGAUUUUUGUACUAGCAAGAGGGACUUGAAACCUAAAAAAAAUGGCCUCAUGUGAACACUGUUUGAGAUCUUCACAAAGCUGUACUGUUGUGUGUGCCUCAUUCAUCUGCUGGUCUGUUUCAUUGCAGAUUUCCCCCCCCACAAUGUUCACUUGGCCAACGGGUGUCCCUGGAUCCAACCUUGUAACCGUAUGUAACAUGUCCUACUAAUCCACUCUCCAAGUGUUCCUUUGUAUUUACAUGUUAAACAUUUCUUAAAACGCUUAUGAUACAUUUUUAUACAUGUUUUUUAAUCAAAUGAUGAGUCUACAAAGAACUUUAAUGUUGUUUCAUAAACAUUAUGCAAGCCAUUUUUGUUUUUAAGACUGUCUUCCGUGUCACCUUUUUUUUACUGAAACUUUGAGACAGUAUAUGUGUGACACAUGCGUUCACACACAUUGACAUUUCGCAAGCAAUAAAUAUCUAUAAUUAUUGUUAAUCAAGGUGGUAAUGAAUGCAGCUAUUUCCUACAUGAAGUUAUUUUCUAUUUAUUUUGCGGCGGUGUCUGACGCAGUGCUGUGAUGUGUCCAGCAGGAGGUGCUCCAGGACGGUCUGUUAGAAGGCCUUGUCGUGAUGGGUCCAUGCAACACGUUUUCAGCUUUCUCUUGCCUUUUUCCCCUGUUCAGCAUUUCAAGUAUGUUCGGUCCUCUAUGGGUUAACACUUUUGGACCUUCACCGAAGCAACACAAAGACAAAGUAGAACAGAAGGACUUGUGAAAUCCCCUUUCUUAAAUUAUUUAGAAAGCCUGUUCAGAAUCUCUAGGAUGUAUGUUUGCAGUUUGUGUUAAGGUGUCUGCAUUUAUCAGUACCAUCUUUAUGUACAAUGAUAUACAGGGGAUGGCCUAAAAUGAUUUGUUUAUUCUGUAAAGAAGCAUUGUAGUCCAUUAUCACCAUUGAUCGAUACCAGCGGCAGACAAAUCGAGAAAUUUAGCUGGAAGAUACAAAUCUUCUUCAGUUAUUCGACAACAGUAAACCACAGAAAAUAUUUUAUCUUGACGGCUCUUAAGUCACAAAACUGUUUGUUGCAGAUUAAAUGUCGGAUUUGUCGAAGUGAUUAUCUCCUAUAUGUGAGGUGGUGGAGGAGGCUGAAUGGCUGCUGCAGAAGACUGGACGUCUUGCUGGGUGGACUUCAGGUUUGGUCAGGUGACGGUAGCUGCCGGUUUUGUCAUAAUCGUGUUCUCUCUACCUGAAGCUUUAAUCUACUUUGAGCUAAAACAUAAAAACAGAAGAUGAUAUGAUAUGACAUUUCAUAUAUUUAUGACAUGACAAAAAAAAAAAUCUUCUCUUUCGAAUUGCUGAUCAAACAUCCGGAUUCCCUCCUAGUUGUCUGUUUCCCUACAUGUUCAACAUGUAUUACUUGUUGAACAAAGAAACUUGUUAUGAAUAGUGCCAUGGUGAAUUGAAUAUCCCGGACAUGAAAGUAAUCCUUAUUAGUUAGUCGUAAUUCAAUUCCUUAUUCAAUAUCAGAAAGAACCGAAAAAUGUCAAUUAAUACAUUCCGAUUAAAAGUAAGGCUCAAACCAAGAAAAGGGUUUUUUUUUAUGCAUAAACUGGUCUACUUUUAACUACUAAACACAUUUUUCAUUAGAGCAGCUAUUACCGGUAAUACUGUUGCCUAUGAAUGGUUCCACUGAUAAAGCUCAAUGAACAUUCAAUUCCAGGUCCCUUUUGGAAAAUACAGUUUAAUAAGACCUUAGUUAUAGAUAUUAAGUCAUGUUUUCUUGAGUGGAUUCACUAAAGUGUAUUAUUCAAACCAAUUGAAAAAUUAAUCAAAAGUAUUAAUUAGAAUUACAAUGAAUUGAUUCUGUCAUUAUUUUAUGACAAGUGUGCAUUGUCUUUAUUUCUACCACUGUAAAAAUAACCAACGCAAAUAUGUCAACAAAACUUUGUUUAAAAGUAAUACUACACAGUCAAAUGCACAUCAAUACAAAUUACAACAAACCCACCAAGUGAUUCCUGGGCAAUUGCAAUAUUAUAAAUCAUGGUCAUAUAUAUCUUUCUUGAAUCGUGACAAGGGAAUACAAAAGUCCAGCGCACAAAAUGGUUUUUUUUCAAUCAUACGCUUUCAAGUAGAGCAUUUUGGCAGAUGAUACAAUUGUCAGCAGUCCAACGUGGUUGGGCCUUGUGAUAUGAAUGACCAAGGUUCCACCAGAACAUACAACCUUUUAGACCAUGAAGGUGAGAGGACCACAGUCAUAGCCUCUGGGCCGAGCGCUCCUUCAGCCGUCAACUCGGCUCCAAACAUUACCAACGUCAAGUGCAACUGCUUCCGGAGCAGUGUUUUGCCGACCUGUCUAUCGCAGGAUGUGUAUAAAAAGUUUUGGUAUUCUCCAACGAACCCAACAAAAGUGUGAGGCUUUCAAGCUAUUUGCCAAUGUGUUCAUGGAGUUUCUAUCUUGAGUGCCAAAGCUCAAAGAAACUGGUCCUACACAGACUGAUUAUUCACUGAUGGGUUGUGUGAUGAUGCUGAUGAUCCUUUUUAUGGUAAUCGACUAUAAGCACAUGAACAGUUCACCAUACAAUCUUUGUCUCUGUGGAUAUAAAACAUGAGGGUAAUCAUAAGAACAGGAGUAGCAUUCAUCUGAGGGGAACGGGUUGACACCCAGGGUGAUGUGUGUGUUUUCCACUAUCAUGUUAUCUAU